CCAUCCCUUUUAUUAUCCAACCAACACCUUCACCGACUAAUCACGCAGCACACUCCCAACUCCCAACACUCCCAACAGUCAUCACAGUCACAAACAUGCCCCUCCGCCUCGCAAUCCUCGAAGCCGACACCCCGGUCCCGGCAGCCAACGAGCGCUAUGGCGGCUAUUUCGGCGUGUUCAAGCACCUCUUCACCCGCGCCGUCGCCCCCUCGCCGCUCGAAUCUGAGCUCACGCUUACAGGCCACGACGUCGUACACAACCCGUCAACGGCCUACCCGAACCUAGACGACGUUGAUGCGAUUUUAAUAUCGGGCUCCAAGCACAACGCAUUCGACGACGACGAGUGGAUCCUCACGCUCGUUGAGUUCGUCCGCAAGGCCCUGCUGCACGACCGCGUCCGCGUAGUGGGUAUCUGCUUCGGCCAUCAGAUCGUUGCGCGGGCGCUGGGUGCGCUGGUUGCGCGGGGUGACCAGGGGUGGGAGGUUAGUGUCGUUGAGACGCGGCUGACGGAGAAGGGCAAGGAGGUGUUUGGGAGGGAGAGGGAGACGCUGAACAUCCAGCAAAUGCACCGGGACCAGGUGUUCAGCAUACCCCCUGGCGCGGAACUGCUAGCGUCGACGGACAAGUGCACGAACCACGGCUUUAUUAUCCCCGGCCGUACCAUCACCGUCCAGGGGCAUCCCGAGUUUACCGAGGACAUCAUGGGGGAGCUUCUCGAGCUGCGGCACGAGUCAGGGCUGUUCACUGACGAUCUGUACCGGAGCGGCAAGGAACGGAACGGGGACCAUCACGACGGCAUUUUCAUGGCGCAGGCCUUCCUCAAGUUCCUGCAGGAGCAAUAACAAAUACGAAAGUUGUCGUCCCAUUCCGGACCCGCACAAUGUGACAAGUCGACGCCAAGGGGAUCGCCUGGCAAUCACCCGCGAUGAUCGCUCACGCGCGUCCCCAGACUGUUGGUCGAGCUUGCGAGCACGGAGAGUUUGUAUGUA